UACUAUUCUUGUUAUAAAUUUCUUACUCCGUGUAAUUAUUCAUAUAAAAUUAUAUUUAAGAAUUUUAAAAAGGUCAGUAGUAACCAAGUUGCUUUGGUCUAGUGGUAUAGGAGCUCCAGCUGGAGUGCCCGCCCUGGGUUUGAACCUUGGCCACUGUGGAAUUCACAUAUGGGCUGCAGCAUCCGAGACCGAAAACCGUUACGCGGUGAGCCACCUAGUGACCUUCGGGUCCAUGCUCGCUUCGGUCUCUAGUCUGGACCACCACGGUAGGGUUAGGAUACUCGGUUAUAAAAAAAAGAAGGUCAAUAGUAGUCAAACUUCUUUUAGUGAGUCCAAUCUGACGCCGAGCAAUUAUUGCGCCCACAUGACAAAAGUUUAUUCGCGCCUGCAGCUCUUCUCUCGUACUUGCCAAUUUCGCUCUUUUAUUUAACUUUUACAGUAAAAUAAUAUACUUUCUAGUUUUAAUCCGAUAAUAGCAUAGGCAAGUGAGGGCAUGUUUAUUGGUACAACCCAUUGGGGUUUCUUAACCAAUAUUAUAUCAAUUAACUUAACUUAAUUGACGUAAUUGAAAACUUUUAAUUUUCUAUCCUAUAUUGGUACAAUCCUAUUGGGGUCUCUUAACCACUUCUCCUUCAUUUUCAUCGUGACAUUGAGCUUCAAACAUCUUGUACCAAUUCAAGCACUCCUUCCUCGAUCACCAUCCUUUCACAAACUUCAAUCUUCACCGCGAACUCCUUUAAACUCUGAUUUUUGACAAAUCAGAAAACAAAAUCUGAUCAAAACGACCAGAAGCUUUAUUCAAUCAAUCUGAAACAGAGAUAAAAGAAAACACUUGAAGAACAGCUCUGGUUCAGAUUGAAAACACCACAAAAGUCUGCAACUGCGAAAAUCAAACUCAAAUUUACAGAGAAUACUGUCUAGAGCGUCGAUCUUGAGGGGAAGAAGAAAUCCAUUUUUUUAUGUCAAAAGAAAAUAAAAUAAAAAAACAACAUAUUUUUUAAACAAACGUCUCUUAUUGUCCUUAAAUAAGACACGUUCUUCCCCUUUUCCCCUAUUUUUGAUUUAUUUUAAAUAUGUUUUCACCUAAGAGAUGAGCUUAAGAGACACCUAUAAAAGCUAUUAUCAACCUAGUCGAAAUAUAUUGAUAUAUAUAUAUAUAUAUACAUUGUGUUGUGGCCUUUGUUCACUAGUGGGUUGUGAAAGGAGCGAUGAAUUUCGACAUUGGAGCAGAUCCAUCAGCUGAAGAAGGUGGUGAAGACGAAGGAGUUGAUGACCAAGCUGUAAAGGUUGUUGAUAUCAUCGAUACUUUUAGGCUUCAGGAGCAACCACCGUUUGACAAGAAACAGUUUGUGAUGUUCAUGAAGAGAUACCUAAGGCAAACAGUCCCUAAGCUAGAGUCGGAAAAGCAAAAGAUAAUCAAGAAACACAUUGAUAGUGCUACCAAGUUUUUGGUGUCAAAGCUCAAAGACUUUCAAUUGUAAGCUCUUAUCAUCUCUUACAGUAUUUUCGAUAAUUUUUUUGUCAAAUUGCGUUUUAUUAUUUGGUGAUUAUUUAAACGAAUGUAAUCACAGCUUCAUAAUGCACAUAGAUUAUACAAAUAGAUUUUCUGAGAA